AUGAAAUGGUUUCAGCAUACACUGGUCUUGUUUCAACAUGUUACUGGUGCGGCGACCAACACGGUAAGACGUUAUCUUCCUAAUGGAAAUCCUGCAUCUCCAUUGAAUUUUGUCCACACUAUUGGCUCCACUGCACAGUCAUCGAUGGAGCCGUUAUCUGGUGCAACUCUAUCUCCUGUAAAAUCAUCUGAUAUUUCCUCGAGUGGAUUACAGUUUAAACUAAGAGGAAGCCCGUCUAUUAGAAAUAAUGAUAUCAGUAACAGUAGCCUUCGCCAGCUAUGUUGCAAAAUCAUUUUAACUGGUCUGGAAUUCAGUUUAAAACCUGUGAUAUAUGCCGAAAUCUUCAACCAUAUGCUGAAUUGGCUGGUGAAUUGGGACCAGAGACAACAUGGAGUUGAUGAAUUUGAUAUUAUUAAGUCAUGGAGACUUGACAAAACCGUAAUAGCUUGGCUACAUAGUUGCUUGGAUGUGAUCUGGCUUUUAGUUGACGAGGGAAAAUGUCGGGUUCCCUUUUAUGAAUUAUUACGGAGUGAUUUUCAAUUCAUAGGAAAUAUACCCGAUGAUGAAGCAUUAUUUACAGUUAUCUUGGAGAUCCAUAGGAGACGAGAUAUGAUGGCUUUGCACAUGCAAAUGUUAGACCAUCAUCUUCAUUGCCCUACAUUUGGGACUCAUCGAAUCCUAAACCAGACCACACCUACUAUUUCAAGCGAAGCAGUAGCACACCUGCGACUAUCACCACUGUCAUAUUUAAGUGUACUUGGAGAACCAUUGCACGGAGAGGAUAUUACAACCUCUAUUCAGAAGGGAAGUUUGGGUUGGGAGAGAGUUGUAUGUUGCAUCAGGCAUGCUCUCUGUACCACACCUUCACCUGAUUGGUGGAGACGGGUACUGGUACUGGCUCCUUGCUACAUGCCUUCAUCUCAAGGAAUUAUUGUUGGUGCUGUUUUUUCUUUAGAGAUGAUUUGUGAGGCAGUUAUUGAUAGAAUUGUAGAAUUAUCCAAAUUAACAAAUUCAGAGAUAAAUUGCUGGCAGGACUGGCUUGUCUUCUCUGAUAUUUUUUAUUUUUCUUACGAAAAGUGGGUGCAUUGA